AUGUUUUUGUCUCCAUUUCGUAUUCAGAUUCGUUCAUUUUCAACUAAACCAGGCCCCAUUUGUGCCCUUAUUAAAGAUAAAAUCGAAAAAUCUGCCAUCAAACCAUAUCAUGUUGAAUUAAUUAAUGAAUCAUAUAAACAUAAUGGUUAUAAACGUGGUCGUGAAACGCAUUUACAAUUAAUUGUUGUCUCACAUGAAUUUGAAUCAGUGCCCUUAUUAGAACGACAUCGACGAGUCAAUGAAUUAGUGAAAGAUAUUGUUCAUGAACAUAAAAUACAUGCCCUCUCAUUGUAUACACCAAAUCCAUCAAUGUGGUAUAGAACAUAUGAAAAAGGUCUGAAACUGGAUGAAGUAUAUCGAACACCACCAUGUCUAGGUGGCCAAGUUAAAGAAUUAAGUGAACAAACACAACGAAUCGAACAAGAGAAAAUGAAACAACAAGAAGCACAGAAGACUAUGGAAACUUAA